CUUAUCCACACGCCAACCACAAUCUUUUUCCUCCUUACAACUUAAACUUGACUUCAUUUUUCUCUCAUCAUUGGACUCUCAUCCACAUCACAGAUCACCACAACUAGCUAGCAAUUCAAUCCAUAUACACACAUGGCUGCAAUGAACUCAAGUGUAUUGGCAUGUAGCUAUGCCAUCUCUGGUUCUGACCUCAAUGCAAAGCUCAUUUCCAUGCCCUCUGUUGCAACACCAGUCGGAGUCUCAGGCUCCAAGUUGCCAUCCAUCAAGGCCCAGCAAGCCAGAAUCCCCAAAGCCAAACAAUCGGAAGGAAGGAGAAAUGCCCUUGCCUUAUUAGCAGCUACUCUUUUUACCACUGCUGUUUCAGCCAACAAUUCAUCCGCUAAUGCUAGUGUAUUUGAUGAAUACCUUGAGAAGAGCAAGGCCAACAAGGAAUUGAAUGACAAGAAGAGGUUAGCUACUAGUGGAGCAAACUUUGCAAGAGCAUAUACAGUGCAAUUUGGUACUUGCAAGUUCCCUGAGAAUUUCACUGGUUGCCAAGAUCUAGCUAAACAGAAGUACCAUUCAUUUCUGAAGAUUUGGAUCUUGAAUGUGAAGGAAAAGACAAAUACAAGUGUGGUUCUAAUGUUUUCUGGAAAUGGUGAAAAAAUGACAACAUUUUAUUUGCCUAGUGUUGCUCUCUUUGAAUUGUAUCCAACUUCUCCUUGAUAAUAUACCAUAUUCCUUUGCAGUGUUUA